AUGAGAACCGUACCGAAGUGGGUUAAUAAAAUCCACGAAGCUGAUAAAAUCGAUUGCUCCAGUGUACAAACAAUAUGCUUUAGUCCUGAUGGUACACAACUGGUGGUUGGUGCUGGUGAGAAAAUAAUGGUGUAUGACCCUAAGGAAGGGGCACUGGUUCAAUUACUUCAAGCCCACAAAGGACCAGUACAUUCAGUGGAUUACUGCAGCGAUGGUAAAAAAUUUGCUAGUGGUGGUGCAGAUAAAAAUGUAAUCAUUUGGAAUUCUAAAAUGGAAGGCAUCCUCAAAUAUUCCCAUAGUGAAGUGAUUCAAUGUCUGGCAUAUAAUCCAGUGACAUACCACUUAGCAUCAUGUGCAUUGUCCGAUUUUGCUUUCUGGUCUGCUGAUGUUAAGGCAGUUCAAAAAGUAAAAGUAUCAGGGAGAAUUACAAGCUGUGCAUGGUCAUUAAAUGGACAGUAUAUAGCUAUCGGCAUGGCAAGUGGAAGAGUUUCUUUAAGGGAUAAAGCUGGAGAUGAGUUUCAAAGGAUAGAACGAGAUGCUGCUGUUUGGUCUCUAGCAUUCUCUAAACAUACACUUGUGGUUGCAGACUGGACUGAUACAUUGUCAUUUUAUGAUAUGCUCGGCCAACAAGUUGCUAAGGAGAGAAAUAUAGGUAUAUCAGCGUUGUCCAUGAAAGUAGUGGAAUCAUUGAUAUUAGUUGGGGGCAUUGGUGGUUGGGCAGUCCUGACUGCGGAGGGCAUAUCUGUGGUGACGACAGACCAUGAAUGGGUUUGGUCAAUAACACCGUCACCAACGUUCAAUACUUUGGCUCUAGCUUGUCAAGAUGGCAGUCUAUGGUGCUACCAAGUUGUAUUGAACACUGUACAUGGUCUGUACCGGGAUAAAUAUGCGUAUAGAGAAAACAUGACCGACGUUUUAAUACAACACCUUACAUCUGGGAAUAAAGUGAGAAUUAAAUGUCAUGAUAAAGUACAGAAGAUAGCAAUAUAUAAACAUAGAUUAGCAGUGCAAUUACCAGAGAGAGUAUUGAUUUAUGAGCAAACUGGUCCAGACGGGAUGAUGUAUCGUGUGAAAGAAAAACUUAUGCAGAAGGCUGAAUGUUCAUUACUAGUUGCUACCAGUGAAGCACUAUUAAUUUGUCAGGACACAAAAUUGACGAUGGUCGGGGUUAAUAUACCAAAAUCUUGGGAGUUACCAACACCAAUUCGUUACGUUAAAGUAACUACUUUAUGUUUCCAAGAAGUAUUACUUUUAGGUCUUCUAAAUGGCGAAAUAUGGCAAGUUGAGGUCAGUACGGGCAACUCCGACGUGUUGUUGACGACUCCGGCGUGUGUACGAUGCCUUGACAUUAACGUUUCGAGGACGAGAUUGGCUGUUGUAGACGAAAUUUCCGUUUGUCGAGUGUAUUCAUUGCCCUCAGCUGAACUACUGUAUGUUGAGGAAAAUAUAUCAUCUGUGUCAUGGAAUUUAUGGUUUGAUGAUUUGCUAUGUUUGUCUGGCGGUGAUCUGCUUUCGAUAAAAGCUGGGAACUUUCCGGCUGCCACACAACCUCUUAAUGGCUCCGUUGUAGGCUUCCAGGGAGGUCGUGUCUUUUGUCUCCAAUCGAAUGCGAUGCAGUCCAUCAAUGUGCCAUUGUCUCACGCCGUUCAUCAGUACGUCCAACAGAAGAUGUUCAAUGAAGCAUAUGCCGUGGCAUGUCUCGGGAUAACAGCAUCAGAUUGGGAGCGACUUGGAUAUGCUGCUUUAGAAGAGUUAGCAUUCGAAGUUGCUCGGAAAGCCUUCCAAAGAAGCGAGAAUAUUGUUUUUUUAAACCUUAUAGACCAAUUACAGGAACGUCUAGAUAAUGGCGAGAGUAAAGCAGUGAUUUCUGGAGAUGUAUUAGCAUAUAGAGGAAGAUAUGCUGAAGCGGCAAGAUCGUAUCAAAGCUUGGCACGAGGUGAAAAAGCCCUCGAAAUGUACGUCGAUCUACGUAUGUUUGGAAAAGCACAGGAGUUUGUCAGCGAAGGUGAAAGUUUGACGGCGUUGACACGUAGACGUGCGGAAUGGGCGCAUCGUGUUAACGAACCACGUGCCGCGGCUGAGAUGUAUCUCGCUGCGGGUGACGUACGGAACGCGGUGGCCAUUUUGGCUGAGAGCGGUAAACGGGACAUGCUUAUAGAAUUGGCUCGUAAAAUGGACAAGGGCUCGAGUGAGUCCCUUCGGUAUUUAGCUGAAGCGUUGGUGACUACGGGCGAAUAUGCGACCGCUGCAGAUGUGUACCAGCGUCUUGGAGAUUAUAGGAGAGUGGCUCAAUUGGUCGUGAACGCUUGCGAAUGGCCGCGCGCGUUCGAACUUGCACGCGAACACCCAGAAUGCAAGGAAGAUGUCUACAUACCUUAUGCGCAUCAAAUGGUGCAGGAAAAUAAAUUUGUUGAAGCUCAAAGAGCAUAUUAUAUGGCGGGCGAAACUCAGACGGCAAUACGUGUUCUCAACGUGCUCGUUCGAAACGCAGCGAUGGAAGAGAGAUUUAGCGAUGCAGGGUUCUUGCAUUACUCGCUCACGGCUCAAAUAUUGGAGAUAGCUGAUGACAGGGAUCGCAGUACACUGAUGCAUCAGUAUACGCACAAUGACCGGUUAGCUCGUAUGUAUCACGCGUACGACAACGUACACCGAUGCGUUCACGAGCCGUUCUCUCUCAGCCAACCAGACGCGCUACUAAAUGCAGCGAGAUAUGUACUCGCAUUAUUAGACGGAGAACCACCGCCUGGGGUUUCUAUGUUCUGCCUCUACCUCUGCAUGGCGAAACAGGCAAAAGUGUUGAAUGCAAACUUAUUAGCUCGAAAUAUGUUGGAUAAAAUUUUAGGCUUACAAAUUCCACAAAAGUUUCAGGAAAGUGUAGAACUCCUGAUGUUGAAAAGUGGCGGUUUAGUUGCAAGUGAAAGCCCCGAAGAGGAAGUCGCACCUUUGUGUUGGCGUUGUCGCAGACAUACUCCGAUGUUUGCCACUCAUUGUCCGAAAUGCAACCACGCCAUGGCCCAUUCAUUGGCUACUCAUGAGGUUCUGCCCUUAGUACAGUUUGUACCAGCUGAGGGUAUUACAUAUGAAGAGGCCAUGGACUUGAUAGAUCGAAUGCUUUUACCCGAAGAGAAAUGCGAUGAUGGGGCGGAGAUACUUAAAAUUAACCCCGAAAUUGAUUCGUCAGAUCCAUUCCUGGAUAAGAACGACGAGGAUGAUGACAGCGCAGUUGUAGUUUGCUGUCGAAAGGCCUUGCUCCAACUGAAUCCUUCUGCUGUGGUGGUCGUGAAGAAAAACGGGCUUCCCCCUGUUUUCUAUAGAAAUAUGCUACCCGAGUUGCCUGUCACAACAUGCGUUUACUGCCAGAAUUUAUACUACAUGGAAGACUUCGAGAUACAGCUCAUAAAUAAGGGGCAUUGUGGGUUCUGUAGACGUCCCACUGAUGAGGAUAAAAAUCAGGAGAAUGGCAUACAUGACAGUUCUAAUAAUGACUCCAAUGCAUCAACUCCUACUAGCCCCAGCAAUGAACAUGGAUCGUGGAGAUAA